GUUAUUGUUGGUUUAUAUAGAAAAUUAUUUGAGAAAAGUAUUUGAUAUAUGUUAUGAUUUUUUUAAAAAAAAAAAUUAUUUUUUGGAUUUCUAAUGUGAAAUUGUGUUAAAAAUCUUUGUUAUUGUUAAUUACACAGCUUUGUUUGACUGUUCUGCUGUUAAGCUGAUCUAUGUCUUAUAGAGUCCAUAGAACUGUGAACUGAAGCAAACAAUGAGUAACAGACUGUAAUUAAGGAGGAAAAGGUCUGUAGAAACAUCUGCCUACUCGGAUGAAGGGAAAUCAUGGAGAUUCUUGAGAGUUAUGCCAACUUCCAUUCUUCAAGAAAGCAUGCAGAGGAUCCCUUGUGAAUUUGCCAGCAAAUUUUGGUCAGAGUCAUCUGUAUCUGUCUCACUCAGUGGUGCAAACAACUCCUGGACUAUCAAAGUAUUUAAGAAAAAAAACAAGCUCCAGUUCUCUACCGGGUGGGACAAAUUUAUGAAGGAUAAUUCCGUAGACGAUGGAAGUAUGAUCUUAUUCAUUUAUAAAGGCGAUUGUAGAUACAAAUUUUGCAUAUUUGAUCCUGCUGGCUGUGAAACUCUACCAUGUCAUAUCCAUGAUGGAAAACAAAAGAUUGACUCUUGCAAUGAGGAAAGGCGAGAAGUAGGCGAGGAAGACUUUGAGGAAAAACCUUUGCUGAAUUCUCCUAUGAGCUCGAGCAAGGAGGACGUCAAUCAUGAGGACAACACCACCAAACUUGAGGAAUUUUUGGUCUCUUUGAAGAAUCCCUUCUUUUUUUUGCUAAGAAUAGCUAUAGAAGCGAACUGGUAAUUCCUAAAGAAAUCAUAAAUACUUUUGGAAUCCAAUUUGAUGAGCCAUUUUCACUCAAAGAUCCAAAGAAAAGGAAUUGGGAAGUACGAGUUGUGACCUGGAAGGAUGGUAGGGUAAGGCUCACAGGUUGGAACAAAGUCCGCAAUUAUAACUUGAUUACAGACGAGGAUGCCUGUGUCUGUGAGCUCAUUCCUAGCAAUGUGCCAACUUACAGUUCCAUCAAGGUGCAUAUAUAUUCCGGAAUCAGAAAAAACCGGCCACAUUCUUAUAGAUUUGAACAUCAGUCAUAUCAGUGAUUUCUCGUUUCUAAUUACUGAAGAAAAGCUCCCGUCAUGAAUUCAGAAACUGCAGCUGUUAGUUUAUAACAUACUCUACUGGUUUUGUAGAAUUAGAUGUCAAAACUUGAUGUUGAACUUCCUGCUUAUUAAGAGUAGUACUAAUUAUCAUCUUUAACUCUUUGCCAGGGACCUUCUAGCAAGUUUUAGAUUUUACUCGUAUUAUCUUGUAUCUUUGGAUGGCUCAUAACCUUAAACUACGAUAUAUGCGACUUAGGUUGUUC